ACAUAAUUGGAAAAUUUUUACUCGUGAAUGAUUUACAAAUUUUAACUUUGCAGCUAAUAGUUGCUCGAAAAUGGGGAAUUUGAAGAAGGGUGCGGUUUUUGUUUGCAGUUGUUUAUUUAUAAUUUCAAUUGGACGUGCAGAGUUAAUUAUUAGUUCUCAAGAUGAAUUAAUUGACAGUAAUGAAGUGUCAGACACAUUCACCAUCGAAGGCAAAGUUUACCCACCUGAUAUGGCAGGUGCUCUUUACAACAAUAAAUGGUUGGCAAAUACAACGAUUUCUAUUAGUGGUGGAGAAUAUAAAGGAUUUUUGAGAGACGACGGUUCUUUUAUAGUCAGUAGUGUGCCUUCAGGAAGCUUUGUUUUGGAAGUUCAUAAUCCUGAUUACUUCUACGAGCCUGUUCGCGUAGAAAUCAAUCCUAAGGGAAAGUACCGUGCUCGUAAAGUCAAUUAUGUACAGCCUUCACAAGUUAUACAAGUACCAUAUCCAUUGAAACUUAAGGCACUGACCCGUUUUAAAUAUUUCCAGGCACGUGAACAAUGGAAGAUAACUGAUUUCCUAUUCAAUCCUAUGGUUCUAAUGAUGGUAUUGCCAUUGCUACUUAUGCUUGUCCUGCCAAAAAUGAUAAGCGAUCCAGAAACAAAGAAAGAAAUCGAUAACAUGCAAAUACCAAAAAUGGGCAAUGAACUGCCGGAAAUAAGUGAACUUAUUGCUUCAUUGUUUUCUGACAAACAGCCAGAGAAGAAGCAGACAAAUAAACAAACAAAAAAACGGAAUUAAAUAAAUAAAUA